GUUGCCGUCUUUCCUUUGCUGCAGUCACAGCUUACUGCACAACUUCAACUCUGUGAAGCUUGUUUCCUGUCUUAUACUUUGACAGGAGGUACACAGAGAGGAUUCUGAGCAGAUUUACGAUGCUUCUUCUGCUUCUUACUUGUUGGAUUAUUACAGGGAUCGUGACAGAGGUUCCGUCGAUGAUACAUUAUGGACAGAAAAACAGCUCCAUGUGUCUGCAUGUCCAAAAAUCAUCUCCCAAUAAAAAAGGUGUAAAAUGGACACUCAAAGAGAAAGUCAUUGUUUUUGAAAACGCCAUCAAUCCAAACUUUACAAAGAAAGUGGUUUAUAGUCCUGGAAACCUCUCCUUGUGUCUAAAUGAGCUGACUGACACAGACAACGGCAUCUAUGAAGUCUCAUUUAUGGACUUCUUUACGACAAUAUCAGAGACACACGAGGUCAUUGUUGAAGAAAUGGUUCCAAGACCUGUGAUGAUAAUGUCAGGGCUUCAGUCCAACCUCUCUGCUGGAUUCUGCAACAUCACAGUAAACUGUUCCAUCCAUGAUAAGUGGCUGUGGUUUGAGUGUGAGGGCGAAAGUUGCAGAACAUCUCAGAAGUCGUUCAGCAAGUUCAACAUCACCAUCUACACUGACAACGGAACUGUUGUCUGCAGCGCCAACAACCAUGUUAGCAGAAAUGAUACUUCUCAAAGCAUAGCAAUGUGUUUCCAUUCAGCCGAAUCUGAAAACAAAGAGGAACCACAAAAUCCAUUUAUAUUAGCAUUAGUUACUGCAGUGUUAAUUUUCCUGUGUAUUUGUGCGUUUCUGAUUAAGAAGCUUGUUUCAGCAGCAUGCCAUCGUCACAGGACAAGGACACGUACUGCUCAAGUGAUACAGAGUCAGCCAGUGGAGGCUCGUCCACAAUCUGAGCCCAGAGUCUCCACGUCUUCUUCUUCCAGUCAAGCUGAGCCCUGCUAUGAGAACGUGGACGUACCACAACCCAACCAGACCAGCAGCCCGAGAGUGGAACUGGGCUCCAAGCAAAGUCACCAAGUGGAUACCGUCUACAGCAUUUUACAGAUGCCAAAAGCGGCUGCUUCUCUUGACAAAAAUGACAGCAGCAAAGAUACGAGAGGACACGAGAACAGAGAAGAGGGUUUGACUUCAAUCGCCCUGGAUGAGGCUCAGAGCCCCAUCCAAGUUGACACUUUGUACAGUGUGUUGCAGAAGCCGAAAACCUUAAGUCACAGCACCACCAAUAGGUGAAAGAAGUUAAAUAGUGUGGUCAGAAUGCAGUUUGUGCACGCUGGAACGAUCAUCUUUACACAUUUUCACACAUGAUGCUAUUAUUUGUUCAUUUUUCUGUCUUUUGCAUUUUCUUUAACAAAGCAUGUUCUGUUAGUGUAUUCAUGUAAGGUGCACAUUGCAAAAACAUUCACCAAAUGAAGAUGAAAAAAAACAAAAGAAAUUUGUGCUUGCCAAAUGCAACAAUAAAAAUAAAAGAAAACUC